AUGCAAGAAAGAUGCUAUAAAAUAUUUAUUAGUGGUAAUGAUAAGAUCAUACAUUAAAAUUGAGUGGCGAAUCAACCCUAUUAUAAUUCCUUCACUCAGAGCCCAUUUUGAAUGAUGGAGACUUUAAGGAAAAAAUUAGGAGUUAUAUGUGUAUAAAGCCAUAGUCUAGCUAAUCGGUAGAGUGGUGUGCCUAGGGUGACUAGCCCAAGCAGCAUCCAGAUUUUUUAUAUAAUGGAUGAUUGAGCACCAAGUUAGAAAGCGAAAAUAACACUUCUAACACACAGCACGAAAUUAGGUAUUUUCUUAGUCUUUGAGUUUCCAUUUUGGUCACCGUUCUGCAAGAAAACCCGUGCUAUAGUCAUUAUAGUGAUAUAUCCUGCUCAACCACAUUUGCGUGCGAUCCCAUGACAUGGAGAUAGAUACGAGAGCAAGAUAGCAAACAGUAAUCGAAUCAAGGCGGAUACAAUACUAUAUCAUAAGGAGUUUUUCAGUAAUUUUUAAUUAAAACGUUAAGGGAUAAUGAUAGGAUCUAUGCUAUAGAGCAAGGAGGAAAUAUUUAUGAAAGUGAGAUAAAUGAUGUAUUAAGAUGAAAUAUUAUUGGUACCAACAAUAUGCCAUCAAAUUAUUUACAAUCUGUUAAAGUCAGAUAUAAAAAUGAUGUUUAUUUUGUCCAAUAUAGCGAUCUUCUUUGGAAGUUUGACCUGGCUUCGAAGCAGCUAUCUCAAGUCAAGGUGUUAUAA